GUAAUCAUACAGCUACGUCAGGAGAGAAGUUAAAUUUUACCAAUAAAGUGAUAUAAAUAUGCAUUAAAUUACCAAAAAUUAGUUGAAGACUAUAAAAUAUAUAUAUAUAUAUAUAAUAUUAAAAUAGAGUUACCUGUAAUGGAAAAUAUGAGCGAGAACGUAUAGUACUAAUGUAAAAGUAUGCAGGAAAAUUGGUGAUAUUAAAGUUUCUAUAUUGGUGUGUGCAGAACUAAAACAAAGUAUGAAGAAAUAAAAAGUGAAAGUAAAAAGAAUAAAAAAAAUUUGAUGGACAACGGAGUGAAUUGGAAAAAACUAAGUUUUUUUUACUUAUGGUUUGGAAGACAGAAGUGGUUGUGAAACAAAUAAUUAAAGCUUUACGUUGAGUACUGACAAACAGCUGGCACAUUUUAAUUGGCCAAAUUCGUUAUUAACUUGUUUAAAACAUAUUUACAGUUGCUGAUAAAUAGUUUUUUGAAUAUUGUACAGCACCUGUAAGCAGAAUUCAUAUUUAUUUGUUUUGCGUGACAUACUGUCCCCGUCAACAUCAACAAAAUAUUCAGCCGCCGAUCAAAAAUGUGGUCGUUCUUCUCGCGCGACUCGACGAAAGACUUUCCAUAUGAUAUCGGUGAACAAGUGCCCGGCUUAGAGUCACGCUCCAUUUGGACAUUGCACAAAGCAAAGCGUAAGGGCACACAAGAAGAAGUAUCAGUAUUUGUUUAUGAUAUACGAAGUGGUUCAGAUGCUAAAUGUGAAUUAGCAAAGGCUGCAUUGAAACGGCUAAAGACUUUAAGACACCCGAGCAUUCUACAGUACCUGGAUUCAUUUGAAACGGAUAAAACACUUUAUAUUGCUACUGAAGCAGUUGAAGCUUUGGGUACUCACAUUGAGAAGCUGGCCUCUCAUGGUCCCCAAAAAGAUUUGUAUUUAGCAUGGGGGGUGUUUCAAAUCACACGCGCACUUUCAUUCCUUAACAAUGACGGUAACCUAAGGCAUAACAAUGUUUGCGUUUGGUCGGUAUUUGUUAAUUCGUCCGGUGAAUGGAAACUUGGUAGUUUGGAGUAUGUGUCGCCAGCGGACGGGAAUCCUAUGCCACCUAUUAAAGUACCACCCGCUUUAGAGGUAUAUGAUCCACCGGAAAAAAACGACCAGAGCAAAUUAAAAGCAGCUACAAAAUGCUCAGUUGAUAUGUGGGGAUUGGGUUGUUUAGUUUGGGAGUCAUUUAAUGGACCUCUAAAAAUGCGUUCAAACCUUAAAGACAUAGAUAAUAUUCCAAAGUCGUUGCAAACUCUUUAUUGUGAAUUGGUAGGCGCGUCACCUUCAAAUAGACCCAACCCAGCUGAUAUUAUAACGAGAUGUCGCAAACCAGGUGGCUUCUUUAAGAACGAUUUAGUUGAUUCUCUACUUUUCCUUGAGGAGAUACAAAUCAAAGACAAGGCUGAGAAAAAUCGUUUCUUUAGUGGUUUAACAAUACAUUUGGAUAAUUUUCCCGACAACGUUUGCAAGCAUAAAAUACUUCCUCAGCUUAUCACUGCAUAUGAAUAUGGUGAUGCAGGAUCAGCUGUGCUAGCACCCAUGUUUAAACUCGGAAAAUUACUUGAUGAAAUUGAGUAUCAAAAACGCAUAGUUCCCUGUGUAGUGAAACUUUUUGCUUCCACAGAUCGUGUGACGCGGUCCCGAUUAUUACAACAAUUAGAAUUGUUUAUAGCACAUUUGCAACCCCAGGUAGUGAACGAUCAGAUUUUUCCCCAAGUCGCACAUGGCUUCUUGGAUACCAAUGCUACCAUAAGAGAGCAAACUGUAAAGUCUAUCAUUCAUCUGGCGCCUAAACUGAACUACAAUAAUUUGAAUGUUGAGGUUCUACGACAUUUUGCGCGCUUGCAAGCUCGUGAUGAUCAGGGUGGCAUACGCACCAAUACAACUGUAUGUUUGGGAAAAAUCGCCCCACACCUACAUCCACAGGUGCGACAGCGCGUUUUGGUGUCUGCUUUUAUAAGGGCUAUGCGCGAUCCUUUCCCACCAGCACGAGUAGCUGGUGUACUUGCUUUGGCUGCUACACAACAAUACUUCCUGCUAAGUGAAGUGGCAAACAGGGUCCUCCCGUCAUUGUGUUCUCUUACCGUUGAUCCAGAAAAGACUGUACGCGAUCCAGCUUUCAAAACGAUACGUGGCUUUUUGGGUAAAUUGGAAAAAGUAUCAGAGGAUCCAAGUCUGCGUGAAACUAUGGAAGCUGAUGUGCAUACUGCUACGCCGUCGAUCGGAAAUGCAGCAGCUACAUGGGCGGGUUGGGCUGUUACAGCAGUUACAGCUAAAUUUUACCGGAGCCAAAGUGAUUCAUCACGUCCGCGACCGCCUUUAACUGGCCGAAAUCUCUCUAAGCCUGCAUCUUUAGAGCAACCUUCGAGUAGCAGCUUAUCAACGACAACAUCCAGCGUCACAUCUAUGACAUCACUAGAACAUGAAAGUAACGACACAUCAGCGUCUGCUUCAGAUUAUGGCAACAAUGACUGGGAUAACGAAAAUUGGGGCGAAAUGGACACAUCACAGGACCCUAGUAGUCCAAUGGCUGGUACUUCCAACAAUGGUCAAUUGAAUGCAUCGAAUGCACUCAAUGAAGUACGUGAUGGUUGGGAUAACGAGGAGUGGGGCAGUUUAGAAGAAGAGCCGGGAGAAGAAGAGGAAGAACAAGAAGAACAUUCGCAGCCUUUGCAUUCGAGACAAUCAGCUCCUUCUGUGGAUGAGCAAUUGUGCACGUCAACAGCACGCCCACAUCAACAACAAUUGCUGCAACAUCAAUUGAAUGAACUUAUCGAACCACUAGCUAAACUGAACACUCAUACAGCGACAUCGCCAUCAAGGGGGCAAAAUCAGCAUGCACUUGAUUUGCGAUCCAAAGAUAUUUCAAAUUUAGCUAUUACACAAACGACAACAACAACGGUAUUUUCAAAUUGCAACAAUAUCAGUCCACCACACAUAAAUAACUCAGCGAAUUCGAUUGCAAAUUGGAAUAGCGAUUCGUGGGCCGAUGGUGAAUUUGAACCUGUUGAAGAUCAGCUGACGGGAAAUACUAAGUUGGAUGAGGCGCGUAGAAAACGCGAAGAGAAAAAGUUGCAGAGGCAACGUGAGUUGGAGGUGCGACGAGCGCAACGUACAAGUGGCCCGAUGAAAUUGGGUGCCAAAAAGCUUUAAGAUGUGAAUUUUUAGUCUUUAACUAAAUGUUUAUAUAAUAUUUUAAAUUUUCGAGUGUAAUGUAUUUAAGGUUCACAUACAAAUCGUAUGCAUUUUGGCAUAUACAUUUCUUUACUAAUUCAUGACAUGUCGAUAAGAGACGAUAUAACUGUGUACGUUGUAGAAUUUGCCCGAAACCAAACGUGCAGUUGUUGAAAAGCCAGAGAAAAUUGUAAUUUUAUAGGUAAUACGAGAUAUUGAAAGAUUUUUUAUAUAUUAAAUAUCAAAAGAAAA